AGUCAACUCCUAGCCGACGACGACUCACUAGUCUUCACGCUCCACAUCCUCCUCCAUCGCCGACGGUUCAAUCAUGUCGUCGCCGGCGACCGCCGCCGCCGCCGCCGCGUCCUGUGGCGUCCUCCGCCACCACCAUCCUCCGGCUUCCCCGCGGCCUCCUCCCACCACCACCACCACCACCUCCCGCCUCCUCCUCGCCUCGCGCUCGCGGGGCCUCCAGCGGCCACUCCGAGUCAACCACGCGCCCCCUCGUCGCCUCCCGCCCACGGCCGCGCGCGCCCAGAGUGCCGCCGCAGCAGGGUACCAGCCGGAGUCGGAGUUCUACAAGGUGGAGGCAAUCCUGAGGCCAUGGAGGGUGCCUUAUGUGUCAUCGGGUUUGCUGCAAAUGGGGAUCAGAGGCGUGACGGUGUCCGACGUGCGGGGUUUCGGCGCACAGGGCGGGUCAACUGAGAGGCAUGAAGGGUCAGAAUUUGCAGAAGAUACAUUUAUUGAUAAAGUUAAGAUGGAAAUAGUGGUGUCCAAGGAUCAGGUUGAAGCUGUUGUUGACAAGAUAAUUGAAAAGGCAAGAACAGGAGAAAUUGGUGAUGGAAAAAUAUUUUUGAUACCCGUGUCGGACGUGAUCAGAAUACGCACCGGCGAACGAGGGGAGCGAGCGGAGAGGAUGGCCGGAGGGCUGGCGGACAAGCUGUCCUCAGCAAUGCCGAUCUCAUGAGAGAGCAUGUUUCCUGUAGGUACCACUACUGCACUCCCCUGUUGAUUAGUGAUGAUGAUGAUCAUGCCUGUGUGAACUCCAGCAGCAAUAAUAAAGCUGGAACGUAAUGCCCCUCCAGUCCAGGGCUCCAGGCAUCUUACACUGAAAAUGUUGUUGCCAGAAACAAACUCAUGAACUGGAUUUCAUUAUGAACAAAGAUGGGGGAAAUUCAUGUGAAUUCUGCCAGAAUUUGAUGGGUGAUGGGCAGAAGUAA